GCCGUGGCAGCACACCCAGCGCUAUCGCCGUUCGCACGAUUGACACCAAUCCCGUCGUUGCCAUUCCCUCUAAUCUCUCAGUCGACGAAUCCUUAACGCUAUGGGCGGUGGAACAGCAGAUUCGCUGGACAUUGACUCGGAGACCGAGAAGCCCCCCAAAGGUUGCCACUCCCCUGUAACAUCGGACCACGACGACUGCAACUCGUGCGAAGAUGGCGUGCCAUGCAACAACGGCUCAUUCAACGACAAGCCGCGGCAAGAGUUUGUGUGCCCUGUGGAAGGUUGUCAUCGAGUGUUUUGCUCAUCCAGCAACCUUGGGCGCCACGUGAAGGCUCACUCUGGCCUCAAGCCGUACGCGUGCGAGAAAUGUUCCAAACGAUUUGGUCGCGCAUUUACGCUGGCGCGCCACCAGAUCACCCACACAGGGGCCAAGCCGUAUCAUUGUGAGAUCUGCCACAAGGGGUUCAACACGUCGGGAAAUCUCUGUCGCCAUCGACAUAUCCACGAGAAGGAGAAAGUGGUCGACGCGUUGCCUGGUGCAUGUGACAAGAAACGCAAGAUUCCGAUGAAGGACGAGGAUGGUCAUGUGGCGAAGAAGCUCGAGGCGUCCCCGUUGCCGUCCCCUACGAACCACUCCCGUGCCGCCGCUGCCUCCUUCGCUCCGAUCGCUGACGUCCCUCCGACGAACAUGAAGCUCGAACCCGCCCUGUCGGUCGAGUCUACAAUGGUCGACGAUCUCGUCAACAAGCUGUAUUUGGCUGUGGGGGAUGAAGGCGACGACUGCUUGGACCCAAUUCAGGUGUCGGGGGACCACGACACGGACACGGAGAGCUUGAUCUCGGACGUGUUUUCCGACUUUGAGCUGGACCUGGAUGCUUCCGCUCCUCCGAGCACGUUGAACCCGGCGCAAGUCGUGUACUCGACCUGCAUGCAAAUGGAGAACGCAUUGAAGCAUGGCAGCGUGACCGAGCUCCCGCUCCUGGCCCAGCAAGCCACGCAAGCCGCCGAAAUGGAGAUGCAAGACGUGUGCCAGAAGUACGAAGACGCCGGCCGCCGCUUUGGCGCCAUGUGUCAAGUGGCCGCCCCCACCGUGACCUCAGCCAUGUGCCGCCGCCUGGUGUUUCUCGAGUCCGAGAAGAACUGCGCGUCUCGCCUGGUCGAGCGCUCCCGCCGCCUCGUGGAGCAAACAUGCCAUCUAUGCGGCGUCGAAGAUGUAGAAACCGCGCGAUCCAUCAUGUUGGAAGUCGUGUGUGCGUCGCAGGAUGCCGCCGGUUGCAUGAUCAAUGCGUCGGAAGCCAACUUGUCGGAACUGAUGCUGCAUCAAGCUGCCGCGCAAGAAGCGUCAUAUAUGAUGGUUGGACGUGCCAUGCCCAUGUAGAGAAGAACGAUAGCGUAUGGUGCUGCAGUAGUACUUCAGUAGUAGUCGUACGUAGCCAGGAACAUCAACAAGCAUGUAUUUAUCACUUGCGACUUGUCAUACCCAGGUUCAAAGAUGAUGAUCUUGAAGCUGGAAAACAUACGUGCGACAUGGGUUGUCAGGUGUCGUUGUUCUCGUGGGUAGUGCCGAUAUCUCGCGUAUUUCUGUGCGAAAUCGCCCUGUUUCUUUGGCUGCGCGUCCAGAUUCAGACCAGGCUCGAGUACUUAUACCUGAAGGACCGAUCCACGGCACGGAAGUCGAAAGGGUGGUACGGAGCACACUGUUUGUACUGGUUAUGUACAGUACAGUGGCGACGUUGCUGCUGCACGACUCCUUGGAAACCAAAC